AUGCCUUCUGAAUCUACUGAAUUAAUGAAACGUCUUGUAAAAGAGGCUUCGCAAGUUAGAUUCAUACCUAGUGCGACCUUAACAACACAUUAUCGUUUUGCUAAUUCUUUGUUAACACAGGCAAAACAUUAUAAAAAAGAAAACGAUCUUAUUAAUGCGUAUAAAUUCUACAGGCGAUAUGUCACGCUAGUUUUAGAAAAAUUACCUGAACAUCCAGAAUAUGGAAAUCCAGAACACAAGUUAGAAAAACAAGAACUAGUAAAAAAUGCUAAUUUAGCCUUGAUAGAGAUGCAAAAUAUGGAACCAAUUUUAGAUAGUUAUUUUCGCCGUGUGGAAGCGGGAGAAGCAUUGAAGAAAGAACAAGCAACGAGCUGUUUAAAUGUUCCUAAAACAUCAGAACAUUAUAAAAGAAAGCAACAAAUACAAAAACAGGAUCAAGGGGAUCAGGAUCAGGAGUGUUUCAAUAUUUCAAGAAAUAUUGAGAAUAUUUAUCAGCAUGAAACUACACAUAAUGAAAUUUACAAAUCUUAUCCAACAAAUUGGGGUUUAGUCAAUGAAUCAAAAGACAUUGUCCCAAGUUCUUAUUCAACAGAUUCUUCAUAUAUUUAUCCUGCUUCCACUUUCGAUAAUGCUCCUCCAUUAAUACCACCAAAAAUUAAAGACUCACCGCCUAAAUUACCACCUAAACCAAAUGAAUAUCUAUAUGAUGCAUCACCAUCACAUUCACCACGCAGAUCUUCAAAAAUAUCAAUCUCUAAAUCUAGAAAUGAACAUAGUUCUUAUAAAGAUUUAUCAAAAACAUCAAUAUCUAAGUCCAGAAAUGAACACAGUUCUUAUGAAGUUUUAUCAAAAAUACCGAAUAAAUUACCUAUAAUUGCAUAA